CGAACCUAAUGGUGGAUGCUCCGUCACCGCCGUUGUUAUCAAUGGGGUCUCUGUCCCCGUCCCCAUCCCGGUUGUUUAUCUUGUCCCAGCUAAUCGUGCUCUCUCCGUCGUCAUGCUUUCUCCCUCGGCCCCACUGGCACCGCUAGUAGUGUCCGUUAUUGGGAAGCUCUCUUGCGGCCUCACCUCCCUCUCCCAGCCACAUUCCGCUGGUGCCGACCAGGAUCAUGAAACUAGUUCGGUGGUUAAUGCUCCCCUCGUGCAGAAGGGGUGUCAUUUCGCGCAUCCCAAGACACGAUCGCAAUCUCUCCCGAUCGGCCAACCCCAUCGUCAUCAUCAUCAACAUCAACAUCAACAUCAUGGGGACAACCCUCCCCCGGUUCCACCUCGGAAGCUAAAGACCACUACUGUCUACACCGUAGAUUUAAGCAAACACAAGGACCAUCGGUUGCCAACUACCAGAUGCCAUUUGCCAGUUGCCAGUUGCCAGUUGCCAGUUGCCACGGGUGAUGCGAGUUGAUAGACGCUGAACUUUGUCCAGGCUUUGAUAGAGCACGGCUGGCACCCCAGUGCCCCCCUGCGGGUCACUCACCACCCUUAAGCUUCCGUCUACUGCAGGAUGAGAAGAAGCAAGAAAGCUGCCUGCAUGAAUGAAAGGCUCGCAGGACAAGGAUAGGAGGGGUUGCCGUAGUAUAAACUCCGUUCUAGAAGACGUUGCCCAAUUUACCUAGGGUGAAUUUCCAAGGGACGAUGGACUGUGGACUGUG